UUUGGAAUAGUUUUAAGUCGACAGAAAAUAAUCUCACACUCCAGUGUAUCAGCAGCCUGCUCUGGGCAUAACUUGACCAGGAUCUGAGCAUUCCAAAUGCAGAAAUGAUUUUGCAGCUAACAUCUUCUUGGACAUCCCUGGUCACACUCCUGAUUUUUGGUCUGCUUCUGCAGCCACCGCUGACACAGCUUUCCACCAUCACACAGCCAAACAUUGUCUUGUUGAUGGCUGAUGACCUCGGCAUAGGGGAUAUAGGUUGCUAUGGGAAUGAUACUAUCAGGACCCCAAACAUUGAUCGCCUGGCAAAGGAAGGAGUGAAACUGACCCAACACAUUGCUGCAGCUCCGCUUUGCACCCCCAGCAGAGCAGCUUUCCUCACCGGCAGAUAUCCCCUCCGAUCAGGGAUGGAUGCUAUAAACAAUUACCGUGUUAUUUUUUGGAAUGGCGGCUCAGGAGGGCUUCCUCCAAAUGAAACCACUUUUGCCAAAAUACUGCAACAGCAAGGCUACAGCACAGGACUGAUAGGGAAGUGGCAUCAAGGUGUUAACUGUGAAUCCCGCAACGACCAUUGCCACCACCCUUUAAACCACGGGUUUGACUAUUUUUAUGGGAUGCCUUUUACGCUAAUAAGUGACUGCCAACCAACGGAAACACCAGAGAUGGACAGAGCCUUUAGAAGGAAACUCUGGCUUUCCACUCAGAUGAUUGGCCUCGUUACACUCACCGCUGCCCUGGGAAGACUGACCGGCUUGAUUUCAGUCCGCUGGAAAACGCUGACCUGCCUUGCUGGGUUUAGUCUCCUGUUCUUCGUAUCUUGGUUCUCAAGUUAUGGGUUUGUACGAUACUGGAACUGCAUUAUGAUGAGAAACCACGAAGUUACUGAGCAGCCAAUGGUGACAGACAGGACUACGUCCCUUAUCUUGAAAGAGUCCAUUUCAUUUAUUGAAAGAAAUAAGCACAAGCCGUUCCUCCUCUUUCUUUCCUUUUUACACUCCCACACCCCUCUCCUCACCACAGAGAAGUUUCUUGGGAAGAGCAGCCAUGGCUUAUAUGGAGACAAUGUAGAAGAAAUGGACUGGAUGGUGGGCCAGGUUCUAGAUGCUAUUGACAAGGAAGGCUUGAAAAAUACUACACUAGUUUACUUUGCCUCUGAUCAUGGUGGAUGGCUGGAAAGACAAGAAGGCAAAAGGCAGCUGGGUGGCUGGAAUGGAAUAUACAGAGGUGGAAAAGCUAUGGGAGGCUGGGAAGGAGGAAUCCGUGUCCCAGGGAUAUUUAGAUGGCCAGGAGUGUUACCUGCAGGCACAGUUAUCAAUGAACCUACAAGCCUUAUGGACAUUUAUCCUACAGUAGUUCAUCUGGCUGGAGGGGUACUACCCCAGGACAGGGUAAUUGAUGGCCGGGAUCUGAUGCCUUUACUGCGAGGAACAGUUGAGCACUCAGAGCACGAGUUCCUGUUUCAUUACUGUGGCAUUCACUUACAUGCUGUGCGGUGGCACCAGAAGGACAGUGGAGCCAUCUGGAAGGUUCAUUAUGUGACCCCCAUCUUCCGUCCUCUUGGAAGUGGGGCUUGUUAUGACAGAGGAUUUUGCCCAUGUUUUGGGGAAGGCGUGACCCAUCAUGACCCUCCGUUGCUGUUUGAUCUUUCACGAGACCCUUCUGAAGCCAAACCUCUGUCAGCUGACACUGAGCCCCUCUUUGACACUGUAAUAAAGAAGAUUGGAAGAGCCGUAGAAGAGCAUCGCAGGACACUGACUCGAGUCCCAGAGCAGCUCUCUGUGUACAACGUGGUAUGGAAGCCAUGGCUGCAGCCAUGCUGUGGGACCUUCCCAUUCUGUUGGUGUGAUAAGGAAGGUGAUAAUAAACUUGCCGACCUAUAAAAGAAAGAACAAAAGUUA